GCCUGGGGCAAUGGGACUUGUGCCGGCGAGGCGCCAUCGUUCGAUGUCGUCACCCCGGAAUACUGGCUCACUGCCCCACUCAGCAGGGAGUCCGAGUGCGCGGAGUACAUGUUUCUUCCAGGCAGUCCGAGAAGGGAGGCAAGUUCAAGGCCGAACGACUCACAAACAGCUGGCAGGCAUAUUCCACACGUUCCGGGGCGAGUUGGUUACCGAUGCCGAUGUGAGCAUGCGCGACUGCGAGGGGGCUUGCAUGAUCGUGAAAUCGUGACAUGGAAGGGGGCAUGGGUGCCAGGCAUACGCACAAAAAGAAGGGUCCUUGGCGAUCCAGAGGACAAAGGAGAGGGGACUCUUUCCUGCACUGUCGCAGGCAAGCCCCCGGCAUGAGGGCGCUUUUAUAGGAGCAGCCUGCGUGCCGUGGCUUGGA